GCAUCUCAAAUAUCAAAAGGUGGCUCCUCGCAAUCACCACGGAAGUCCCUCGAUGGUCGUUCUCCACCAGGUCCCUGGGACGGCUUAAUUGAGAGCCUAAAUGGGCUUCUCGGUACACUGAAAGAAAAUUAUGUUCAUCCAGUUUUUGUCCAGAAAAUUCUAAACCAGAUUUUUUCGUACAUAAAUGUUCAGCUUUUCAAUAGCCUUCUCCUUAAUAAAGAGUGCUGUUCAUUCAGCAACGGGGAGUAUGUAAAAGCUGGAUUGCAAGAACUAGAACUUUGGUGUGGCAAUGUUAAAGAAGAGUAUGUUGGUUCUUCUUGGGAUGAACUAAAGCAUGUGAGGCAGGCAGUAGGAUUUUUGGUUAUUAAUCAGAAGUCGAGACUUUCAUCUGAAGAUCUAACAACUGAUCUCUGCCCCAUUCUGAGUAGUCAACAGUUGUAUCGAAUAUGCACGCUUUACUGGGAUGAGGAUUUCAAUACUCAAGGUGUAUCCCCAGAUGUCAUUUCCAGCUUUAAGGAUCAAGCAAAAGAAGACGGGAAUGACGUAGACAAAGCAAAGGAGGCAGAUAAUAACUUUAUAUUGGAUGAUAAUUCCAGCAUCCCCAUCUCUGUUGAGGAGAUUAACAGUUCCCUCAAGGAUGUUGAUUUUACCGGUGUAAAACCUGCAAAAGAACUGCUUGAACAUCCAGCCUUCCAAUUUUUAUGCGAAUAAGGCUAACAUUUCUCUAGCACCAAUUGCAUGUUUGUUGGAAGGACGUCAUCCAAGUUAGCACGUCAUGAAUAUCACUAUUGUACAUCCACCAACCGAUUCUUUUGUCCCUCCGGUAGUUGUCUCUUCAUAUUAUAAAUUCCAAAGCCCCUUGUAAAGUUGCUCUAAGGUAGUCUCUUGUAAAAUUGUAGGUCUAGUUUAGAUAGGAGAAGGGGCAAGGAUGAAGUUUUCCAACCUAGAGCUUGUUCCAGUUAGUCUUUGUUCUUCUUAUUGUCUCAUUUUUGUACACUUUUAUAGUUGCCAUUAGUUAGAUUCUUUGUAACAAGGACUAAUUGGAGUACUAUAUUGUAAGAGCAAAUGGCCAAUUUAGUGCCCCCUAAA